AUGCUGACCGGCUGGAUAGACGAGUAUAUCUGGAAGAGGAGAAGCACAAAACGGGGUUCUCACGGGGGGCUAACCGACCUCAGACUAAGCGAUAUGAAGGAUACCCCCGGAGACAAAAAUACGAGGGUGGAUCCAGAGAGGUGGGAUCAACCCAUAAUAGGCACCGGGACCACAUUACUCCAACUUCCCCUGAGAGCUAGGAUGAUCUGCCAGGCAUUAGAGGUAUGGUUCAAUAACCAGCAGCUGGACCAUAACCGAAUGAUAAACCCGGAAAGAUCCGAAUGUCAAGCCAAGAAGGUCGGGUUCAUAUUUAAUACAAGGCCCUCAGGAAGUUGUAGAAUAGAUACCAACACGAGUACCUGGGGAAGGUUGACUAGUGGGACUGAAUUAUACGGGAGUCAGAGUUAUCAGAGGGAACUGGCGAUAUGCAUGGAUCUGAUGAGUAUGAUAUUAGUAAUCUAUCAAAAUCACCAAGGAGGAACAGCAGGAUGGUACUUCAGAGGACAGGACUUAUGUCAGGCGAUUUAUAAGGCCCUGGAGGAAUGGGGCGGAGAAGAAGUAGCCGAAGAAAUAAUGAACGAGUGGUUUAAUAAUAUGACUGAGAACCAGCUAAAGCAGGCUCACUUGAGAAUCCAUACCGCCGGAAAAUCCAGGAACGCUCUGUGGAGGGAAUUUUUCGACGCAGCCGGCAGUAUAGUGAAGGAAGUACAAUGCUACAAGGACAGCCCCCACGCAAAGGAAUGGAAGACAACCUGUCUGCAAAGAGGAAACUCCAGCUCAUGCGAGACAAAAGGAGGAGACGAGGAAUCCCAAACGGUUGAGCAGGUACAGGACCCCAACCCCCAACGACAGAGCAAAAUCGUAGAGGAGCUUAAGCGGGGCGAAGAAGUGUUAAGAACGUAUGUCCCAAACAGUGAGGGUACCGAUUUUACCAAGGCACUGGCAGGGGCAUUACUAGAAAGGAGCAUACGACCCCAGGACUCCAUCACAAGUGUUGCCCCCAGAAAAAACGGCACCGGAGCAGAAUUCAGCAGAUCUAAUCCGCAACCAUAUCACUGUGGCCCCAACUUAAUGAUAUCUCAGGGGGCCAAUUGGAUCUUCAACCGAACAGAGAUGAACCUAGUCCUGACACCCAAGGAGGGUGAAAACAAACGGGUGCCCAACCCUCCACUUGAAUCCAGGCACCCAAAACCCACGAAUUUUCUCCCCAAACUAUCAAGGCACAAAAAUCAAGACCCAGAAGGAGACCACCCAACCCCCGG